GCAUGGUGUACACACAUCAGAACAAGACGGAAAAAAGGAGAGGAUUAUUAUUUCCUCUGCAACAUCUCGGCUUCCAAUUGCAAUCCACCAAAAAAAAAAAAAACUCUCCUGAGGUGAUGUGAGCUGUAGGAGGAGGAGAAAAAAGGGGGGGAUCCGCAGAAAGGAGCUGUCCGUCCUUCGUGGUGCUGAUGCGGCUGUGAGGCGAGCAUGGCUGCCGGGAAGUUGCUUCUCUACGCCGGGCUCUCGCUGUCUCUAUGCGCCCUGGGCAUGCUGGCGGUGGCGAUGUGCUCCGACCACUGGUACGAGACCGACGCCAGGCGGUACAAGGAGCGCUGCCAGAGCUUCUCCAGCCGCCGCAAGGACCCGGGCUUCAUCUACAUCCCCAAUAACAGCCUGCCGCUGCGGGCCAGCCGGAGCGGCGAGGAGAAGCUGCCCCUGGCCCGCAAUCGGCGGCAGCUGUUCGCCAUGAGCGCCGCGGACGAGUGCAACAGGCAGUACAACUCCACCAACAUGGGGCUUUGGAGGAAGUGCCACCGGCUGGGCUUUGACCAGGCGAUCGAAGAUCUCAUCCGGAAAGGUUCCAUUGCAAGAUGCUCCUACAUCAAGUACCACUACUCCUCAGCCACAAUACCCAAGAACCUCUCGUACAACAUCACCAAGACAAUAAGACAGGAUGAGUGGCACUCCCUCCAUUUGCGGCGAAUGACGGCAGGGUUCAUGGGCAUGGCCGUGGCCAUCAUUUUGUUCGGUUGGGUCAUCGGCGUGCUAGGCUGCUGCUGGGACCGGGGACUCAUGCAGUAUGUGGCCGGACUGCUUUUCCUGAUGGGAGGCACCUUCUGCAUCAUCUCCCUUUGCACCUGUGUCGCCGGCAUCAACUUCGAACUCUCACGCUACCCUCGCUAUCUGUACGGUCUGCCAGACGACAUCGGCCACGGCUACGGCUGGUCCAUGUUCUGCGCCUGGGGAGGACUGGGCCUCACCCUCAUCGCCGGCUUCUUCUGCACUCUGGCGCCCUCCGUGCAGCCUAUACCGCGCUCCACCUGCCCCAAGUCCCGACAGGAGAACGGCACCGUGUGCUAAAUACCGACAGACCGGCAACAAAAAGAGGAAAAAUGACUGUUCCAUUUGUCCAUCCAUCAAUUUAUCGCCAAUCCCCCCAGAUGUUUUCUUUUUUAUUUCUGUGUUUUGGGUGUUUGAAAAUCUGCUGUAUUGAAAAAAAAUAUGAGAAAAACUGGCAAACUACGGAAAUAUAAUCAGAAAAAUAGCAAGUUGUGCUUGUUUUUAUUGUUGUGGAGUUGCUACAGCCUGGAAAGGAAAGGACAUCUGAGCUUGAAACGAAACCGUAAAGAUGGACAAUGGACCGGGAAGUCGGUCUCUGAACUGCUCUCAUGUGACUAUAAACUAUGGAGUGCAGAACUCUAAAAGGAGGAUGGAAGUUCCUUUGGAUAUUUCUUCAAUUAGGAAUGGACCUGACUUCUGAAGCCCUUCCUAACUUUGGGACGAGUAGACCAGAAGGAUAUCUUGGACCUAAGUUGUUGUACUAUACUGUACAGAAUAUUCCGGAGAACACUAGGAAGUGUCAUCUCAGCCUCUUUUAGGUGCAUUCGAUCCCAUUUUUUUUAAAUCAAAUCAACUUCCUUUAUAAUGAAGCCAUUGACAUUGUUAGAGCAAGUUUUCCCAUUCUAGUCCUAGCUGUAAAUGUACGUAUGAAGUGUGUUUGUGUGUGAUGCAAGGGUUUAUUCUGGAGAGAAAAAAUAUAAAAAGAGCCCAACAUUUUGGGUGUGGGAAGAUUUGAUAAUGGAGAGAUGCAGUAUCCUGUUUAAUGCAAAUGAGUCACCCGGCCACUAAAAUGUUAAGUAAUUCAGCUUUCAGUGGAAGAAUGGGUUUAGAUAAUAAUACUUUUGUUUUCACUAGAACGGAAAGGAAAUAGUUUAGUAUCAAAGCACAAGAUGUCUAAAUGAAGGCACUUCAUUUUUCGCUCAUCACUUAGUCAACACUUCUUCUCCUGAACCACAAUUUUUUUUUUAUCAAAACAGGCACCUCUACUGUGUUUCCUUUGCGAUUAUUAUUAGUUUGACCCCCCCAAAGAUAAGGGGACUUAGAAAUGCUUGGUUGGUAAAAAAAAAAGAAAAAAAAGAAGCAACAUUAAACGUUAAAAACAAGGCUGCCAUCAACAAAAAUAUAUUUUUGAAUGAAAGGGGCGAAAUGUAUCCACUCAUUUAAAGUAUUUGACAUGAUGUAAUGCAUUUACAAGAACAGGAAAAAGAAACGUUUAUCAUCUUAAAUAGAGAUGUCCGAUAAUAUCGGCCUGCCGAUAAAUGCUUUAAAUGUAAUAUCGGAAAUUAUCGGUAUCAUUUUUUUUAUUAUCGGUAUCGUUUUUAUUUAUUUUUUAUUAUUUUUUAUUUUUAUUAAAUCAACAUAAAAAACACAAGACACACUUACAAUUAGUGCACUAGCCCAAAAAAACUCCCUCCCCCAUUUACACUCAU